CCGAUUCCAAGGACGUUCCCUCUGCCGGAGCACCAGACAACAUACCAGGGGAGAACACUCCAGUUGUGCAGACUCAUCCUUAUAGAAAGAGAAGAAAAUUGACACUUUUUCUGCUGUGUAUCAGCUGCUUCUGUGGCGGAAAUAUCUAUUCCUUGAUGGCGCCAUUUAUGCCAUUGGAGGCCAAGAGAAAAGGGCUCUCCAGCAUACAGAUAGGGAUCGUCUUCGGGAUCUUCCAGCUGGGGCUGUUCAUAUCCUCGCCUCUCAUAGGAAACUACCUAUCUCGCCUGGGUGCCAAGUUUGUGGUGGUGUUAGGCUUAUGUGCUGGUGGAUUGCCUGCAGUUCUGUUUGGUUUAAUCAUUUACCUGCCUUCUGGAGCCCCGUUUUUCGCGGCAGCUCUGAUCCUGCGAGCUGCUGAUGCCCUGGGCGGCGCUGGGGUAUUUACGGCCUGCUACGCGAUAGCAGCUGUUGUUUACCCAGAACGAAUGUCGCUGGCGUUUGGUUUAAUUCAGACAUCCAUGAGUUUUGGAUUGAUGGUCUCUCCAGCCAUUGGCGGCCUUCUCUAUCAGAUUGGUGGCUUUUCCUUGCCCUUCUUUGUGGUUGGUGGAUUCACGAUUCUGUACGCUGUGGUCUUCCAGGUGAUGCUGCCCCCUAUAGAAGAUGUAGAAUAUGAAAGAAAGGCCAGCGUAUUUUCCUUGCUGCGCAGCGGUUUAGUUUGGGUCACAAUUGUCUGCAUCUUUAACUCUGCCAUCGGAAGUAUGUUCAUGGCACCAGCUCUGUCACUGCACCUUGAGCAGUUCAAAUUACCAUCGUCGAUAGUGGGCCUGUUGUUUGUGAUCACGCCCACAUUUUACGGCCUCUCGGCUCCUCUUUGGGGACUGAUCUGUGACAAAACC